GGAGUAAGAAUUGAAAGAAGCGUGAAAUGUCAAACAAUUCGAAUCCACCUACCUACUUCACAAAAGUGCGAUCAGUAGACAAUUGAUUCCAAUUGGCUGAUCGGUUAUGGCGGAGGCCAAGAAGAAGGGAGGCGAAGAAGCUAGUACCAGCGGCGGCGGCGGCGGCGGCGGAAAUGGUGGGAGAGGAGAAAGCCUGGUGAGGGAUUGCGGCCCCCGGGAAAGCACCUGCGGUUACUGUAAAUCUGGUGCACUCACCAAACUUUCUCAUGGUCUACGGUCGCAGAGUUUGACAGUAGAUGACUAUCAAGCUCUCGUUGACAGAGGUUGGAGAAGAUCUGGCUGUUACUUGUACAAACCUGAUAUGGAGAAAUCAUGUUGCCCAUCAUAUACUAUCCGUCUCAAAGCUAGUGAAUUUGUUCCUUCUAAAGAACAAAUUCGAGUAUCUAAAAGAAUGCAAAGAUUUGUAGACGGUACAUUAGAUGUGAAGAAAACAGACAAGUUAAAUGAUUCUGGGGAAUCGUGCAAUAUUGCAACAGAAUCUCAGGUAGUUGAUGGUGGAGGCAAGGACGAAACCGACCAGUUUAUGCAUUUCUUGUCAGAGCAGAUUAAUAAAUCAGUACAAGUAUGCAUGAAAAGUGGGGAAUUCCCUUCAGACAUACAGUUGCCAAAGGCUUCCAUCAAAAGAGUUGUACCAGCUAAACGAAACUUGCAAGCAGAAAAUUCAGAAGAACUCAUUUUCUCAUGCAACAUCGCCUUCCAAAUUUCAGCUACUCUAAGACGAUUGAAGAGUGAUUUUCCGCACACGAAAUCGAGCGAGCUUUCACCUACAACGAUUGCUGAAAUUUUGGCAAGCCACUUGAAGCAGACAGCAGAAGCUCGUGGUUUGUCGGUCAGAGCUUGCAAUGGACACAUAAAUUUCUAUUCUUUUACGAAGCAAUCAGAUUUAAUUGACCCUCGAGGAGGCAUAAUUUCCAAAACUGCCCCUACAGCAAUCAUCUGUGCGGCCCGUGAGAGCCAAAGACAUAAGUUCGAGAUUCGGCUGAAACAGUCGAGCUUUGAUUACGAAGAAUACUCUCUAUACAAGAAAUAUCAACUUACAGUGCAUAACGACACACCCAAUCAUGUCACUGAAAGCUCGUACAAGAGAUUCUUGGUCGACACUCCUCUAAUAUAUAUUCCGCCGAACGAUAAUAAUGCUGCAGUUCCUCCUUGUGGGUUUGGCUCUUUCCAUCAACAGUAUUUGGUGGAUGGUAAAUUAAUUGCAGUUGGUGUUGUCGAUGUACUGCCAAAGUGUUUGUCUAGUAAAUAUCUGUUUUGGGACCCUGAUUUUGCCUUUUUAUCACUCGGCAAGUUUUCGGCUUUACAAGAAAUUAAGUGGGUUAACGAGACUCAAUUACGUUGCCCAAGCCUUCAGUACUAUUAUCUUGGCUAUUACAUUCACUCGUGCAACAAGAUGAGGUAUAAAGCUGCUUAUCGGCCAUCGGAGCUCCUCUGCCCUUUUCGCUACCAGUGGGUUCCAUACGAUAUUUCAAAGCCGUUGUUAGACAUAAAGAAAUAUGUGAUUUUAUCUGAUUAUGCCACUUCACAAAACGGGGAGUCAUUGCUACUGAAUGUUCUUGGUAGUCGUAUGGAAGAUCUCAGAUUUUCUGACAACGAAUCAGACUCAGAAGCUAAUGGUGCCGAUCUCAAUAAUGUUUUGAUUGGAGUGAGACCAGAUGUUCGUCGGAGGUUCAAGGACCUACGGCAUGCAUUUAAUCCGAGUCGGAGGAAGUUUCUUGAAAGCCAGAUACAAAGAUAUGUUAGGGCUGUGGGGACAGAGCUCUCUGAGAAAAUGGUAUACUCACUAGCAUGAUAUAUAUAUAUUUUCAUCGACAUAUUUAUGCUUCUUCAACUCUCUGUCCAUAUCAAACGUUGCCUAAUUAUUCAAUUCGCGUUGUGUGCUUGUAUCAAGAAUUGUAAUUCAAAAUUGUCAUUGUAGACCGUCAGAAUAAGAGAUAUUACUUUUUCAAACUUUCAAUUCAUGCAAUAAAUUAUUAUGUAAAAUUCGAGAUGAAAUGAAUCCCAGACUGCCUUAAAUUGUGCAAAAUGAAGUCCCUUAUUAUUUUUCCCCUUCCUU